AUGGCAUUUUUAGAACUUAGAGGCAUUUUUAGAACAUUUUUUGAACUUUUAGAAGAAGCUGCGCCGAGAGCAAGUGAGACUACACCAUCUGCUGCACCAGCAACACCUCCUGCAACAUCAAUAACAUUAUUAACUGCACCGUCAACUGCAUCAAGUACAGGGGGUACUGCGUUAACAACGCCUUCAACUACACCAUCUACGGCGUCAAGUACUGGUGGUACUGCGGCUACAACAUUAUCGACUAAUCCUUCAGCUACAUCGAUUACUGGUGGGACAGCAUUAAGAAGACCACCAGCUAAUCCUCCAAGUAAACCACCGGCUACUGGAUAUGCAGCAAUAACGGCAAAAGCGAUGAAGAAUAAAAUAUUCUAA